AUGCCAUUAGAAAAUCCCAGUAUGUUCCAAGGACAAAAGGAAGACAAUAUAUUAUUACCUAGUCAAACAAUGACACCUCAUGAUUAUCAAGGACCUACUGCCCCGAUGUCUGGUACAACAACAGAUAGACGACCAGUACAAAGCACACUUAUACACAUUCAAUGCAACCACCGCAUCCAGUAUUAUCUGAGUAUAUUGAAUAUCUACCCUUUUAUAGUUAUAUUUGUUUUAUAUUUAAAUACCUCUUAA